AUGGAUGACCCCAGCCUCCUGCAGCUCAGAUGUCUCCUGAACCUCAGACGUGGGCUCCGUGAUGUGGAAGCGCGACCACAGGAGGUCUGCACUGGGCUGCGCAAGGAUGGGGACACACUCAGUUACCAAGGGAACUCUGAAGAAGUCGGUUGCUAUGUGGCUGGUGUCCCAUUGUCUAAGGAAAAUUUCUAUUUUGAGGUAACAAUAGUGGACACUGGAGUGCGGGGGACCAUUGCUGUGGGUCUGGUGCCUAAGUUCUAUCGCGUGGAUCAUCAGCCCGGUUGGCUGCCUCACUCUGUGGCAUAUCACGCUGACAAUGGAAAGUUGUAUAAUGGGAAUCCUGUGGGACAACAGUUCGGUCCUAAAUGUUCACAUGGAGAUCGAAUCGGAUGUGGGAUUAACUUUGACAACAUUAAAAACGGCAUUGGAACUGUUUUUUUCACCAAGAAUGGCAAAGAGAUGGGCUCUGUGAAGGUGGGGUUGUCUGCGGAUGGACUGUUCCCUGCUGUAGGAAUGCACUCUCUAGGGGAAGAGGUAACAGUGCACCUGGGAGCAGAGUGGAGUCUGGAGGACAGCGCCAUGAUGGUGGACAGUCAGGAGGAUGAGUGGGGGCGGCUGUACGACGUCACAGCCAGCGGCACGUCUUUGCUGACAUUUUUAACACCUCGCUGGAGUCCUGCCACGUUCUGGCCUUUUGCGGACGACACCACCCUCAUUGGACUCAUCUCCAACAACGAUGAGUCCGCCUACAGGACCGGCUGUGUCCUGGUGCAGUGGUAA